AUGAACGCGCACAGGAAAGCAGGCCCAAUGUCACAGAGCAUUCGCUACCAACCUAAAUCCAGAUUCAGUGCGUCUAUUUUGAAACAUGUAACAAAACUGUAUGACCUAAAAUGGGAGCUACGUAGAGGCGAAAUAUUAGCUGAGGAACGUGGAGCCAUCAUUGUUUCAAACCAUCGAUCAUCUCUCGAUAUUUUAGGACUGUUUAACAUCUGGGAAUUGGUUGAUAAAUUAACAGUCAUUGCUAAAAAAUCCAAACGGAAAGGCAUAAAAUUAAUGUAUGCCUUUCCGUUUGGAUUGUUGGCAUACCUUUCUGGAAUCGUAUUUAUAGAUAGAAAGAACUCUAAACACGCAUAUGAGCAACUUAAAAUAACGACAGACGUUAUGGUGAAAGAAAAGACGAAGAUCUGGGUGUUUCCUGAAGGUACGCGUAACAAACAUUGCACAAGUUUUUUGCCUUUUAAAAAAGGUGCAUUCAAUAUGGCUAUUGCUGCUCAAGUCCCAGUCAUACCUGUUGUUUUCUCACCGUACUAUUUUAUAAAUUAUGAAAAAAGUAUUUUUAAUAAAGGUCAUAUUGUCAUUCAAUGUUUGGAUCCUAUACCUACGAAAGGAUUAACCCUAGACGAUGUCGAGAAGCUUACAAACCAGACGAAGAUCUGGUUGUUUCCUGAUGGUACGUGUAAUAAAGAUUGCACAAGUUUUUUGCCUUUUAAAAAAGGUGCAUUCAAUAUGGCUAUUGCUGCUCAAGUCCCAGUCAUACCUGUUGUUUUCUCACCGUACUAUUUUAUAAAUUAUGAAAAAAGUAUUUUUAAUAAAGGUCAUAUUGUCAUUCAAUGUUUGGAUCCUAUACCUACCAAAGGAUUAAACCUAGACGAUGUGGAGAAGCUUACAAACCAGGUGCGAGAAAAAAUGGUGACUGUCUACAAAGAUCUAUGCCAAGAAGUAACAGCUAAUUUGCCAUCAGACUAUCCACAUACAAAAAUGGGUCACUAA